AUUACAGAAGUCUGUUGUGUGUUAUAUGACCAAGGUGCUUCCUGUUUCCCUGCUUUUCCCUAUCCUGCCAUACCUUACAUGCUUGCCCUCGCUCGUAUCUUAGAACAGUGGUCAUACAAGCUGAACAUGAACUCUGCUCCGCCGUAAACUCAUUAUGAUUGAAUGGAGUCACGUAGAUAGUGUGUGUUAAGUAUAAAAUAGUACAGUACGUGUGUGAAGAUGAAGGGCUAUAGCUUGCUGUGUUUAAUAUUUCUGGCCCCUGUCACAGUUAUUGGACAAACGACACCAGAUCCAAGUUGUGUAACAGUAGAUGACUUUGAAGUGUGCACAGGAACUGCAUAUCCAUGCAAUGUUGAGAAAAGCAAAUGCUACUGUAAGGACAAGAAACCUUUCUGUAGGUGUAACAACUACAUAGACAAGUGGUACAUAGGGGAGAAGUGUGACUUUGAGUGGACGAUAUUGAACUUUGCCCUGGUAUCAUCUCUACCAGGACUGGCCCUGGUUGUUAUUGUUGGUGUGAUAGUCCAGUGUGUCCAUUACUUAAGGAAACCAGCAAAGAAACAAAAGGAUCGGACAACUGGUUACACAAACUAUGCAAUGUCACCGACAACAUAUUAUGAAAAUAACCAAGAUGACAUGUUCUCCAACACAGUGUUUGCCUCAGACAUGCCGAAUCGGCCAAAGCCUCCCAGUGUCCAGCCCACCCAGGAGAGGUUUCCCAUAUCCAACUUACCCAACCGCCCUUACAGCCUUCAACCAAACGGCAUGCUGCCCACUUUAGACAGAUUGUCUUUGAUCAACCCUACAAGCCAGCCAUACAACUACGCUACAGGUAUGACGCAGCCCUUGGGUAACCCCCAUCCCAAGUCUCCAUCGCCAAGGAACCCGUAUGAAGACAGAGCGCCACCUCCAGACUGUUAUGACGACCAGCACAUGAGACCAACAUACCCCCCACCAGGACUCAAAGGUAUGAUGAGAGAAGGCAUGUCUGGGUAUCAUGCGCCCAGUUCACAUGCUCCCCUCUAUUCGGCACCGGAGUACAACCCCAGUUCCCAGUUUCCCAGAGCCCAGAUAGGGAGACACUACUGAGGACAAACAGGGGUGACCGUGGCCUGAAUUAGAACACCACCAAUUUCACUAUCACAAUUCAAAAAAGUUCAACUUGUAUAUAAUUUAAAGUGAGUGGGAAAUAUAAACAUUCAAGGACUUUGUCAACUUUAAUUUAACAUACAUUUUUAGUAUUGUGGCUGGCUGCUAAGUUUUAUGAGUAAUCCACAUUGACUGAUUAUGAAAUUGGCUCAUAUUUUUGCUGUUUUAAGGUUUAUUGUUUGACAAUUUUGUUACUAAUAAAGGCUAUUAUUCCUAGAUUCAAUCCGUAGUGUGGAUCCACACGCGAUUGAAAUGUAAAGGCAAUGUUCCGAUGUUUCAAUUUCCGGUCGCUUUAACUCGGAUCUCCAGGCCUAAGUAACAGGGUUUGGGUCAAUUUAAUUUUAAAUUCAAAUCCAAUUCUUGAAUUCACUCAUGAAGUGGAGAAUUUAAGUUGAAUUCAAUUCAAAUUUCAACAAUCUUCAAGUUUUGGAAUUGGAAUUAGACUGUUUGAAUUGUAAAACAAAAAUGUAGUCUUUGGAAUUUCAUUUAAUUGGAAUUCAAUAUUUGUUACAUUUCCAAGUUAGAUUUGGUUUAAAUCAUUUCAACGUACAUUUCUAUAUUUACAGUAUAGCUACACAAAAAACAUAUAUAGAAAACCGCUUUGUGUAAACUUAAACGACUAAAACCAAAUCGAAAGUAUGUAGAAAAGAUAAUACCCUAUAAUCUGAAAAUUUACAAUCAGCUAAAUAAAAGCUAGAUAAUCAGGCACCCAUUGAUUUUAUGUUUGAGGAUAAAAACACGUCAAAAUGUGUAGAAUUGACUGAAAUUAGCUUAAGUGAAAAUUCUCAGCUCCUUUGAAAAAUGUAUAGAAUUGCAACCUUUUAUUUCAGCGUCAUGGCAAAAUGUGUAGAAUUGCUGGAAAUUAGCUUCUCUUUGCUGCCAAGAUGAUGUUCUAUGUAUAUUUUUUUCACCGCUCGCUCAACCCUUAUGGUGGGUCGCAACUCAAGACACCUCAAUUGGUUGGUCAUGAAACACCAUUGUAUACAACAUCAAUUAAAGAUGCUUUCAAAAAGAACAUUUAUUUUCUACAAAUCAGAUGUUAAUCAUUUUAAAUCAAUAAACAAAAUACAAUCUUAA